AUGACUGAAACGCCAGACUUAUCCAAGUCUCAUAAGCGGAAGCGAGACGGUGGUAAUGAUGGCAUCCACGUUACCACCCCAACCCCGACCAAAAAACACAAGAAACGCGAAAAUCUCUCAGCUGCAUCGCCUGCUGAUCGUCGAAGCGAAAAACACAAGAAGAGCCCAAUGCGUCUCAAGGAUGCACUCCAAGAUGAGGAUUCGGAAGAAAUCAGGGAAAAAUUUGCUGUCGCGACAAAGUGCAGCAAAACGCCUGCUUCAGAUUCACUCGACCUCGAUAAUUCAGCGGGAAAUAAGUCGAAAGAUGGCAAGCGAAAGAGAUCUGAUAAGUUGCAUAAAAAGAAUGAAAAUUCUCCAGUUAUAAAAGAUGCGGAAGAAUCCAGCGAGCAGGACCAUCCAGCCACCAAACACAAACAUGCCUCAAUUCUUUCCAAGUUUGAGCGCACUAAAGUCGCAGCCAGCACGAAGUCAAAAAAGAAGAAGCCCAGUAUGGACGAGUCACCUCAAGUGAUCGUCGAGCCUGUAUUUGCCAAGGGCCUUGAACCAUUGCCACAGCCAGAGAACCCCCCAGAACUUGAACAGGCACCGACGUACUCAUCCUUGCCUUCCUGGUUGGCCAAUCCCCUGCGAGAACCAGCCACCAAGCGAGCCAAGUUUGAUACCCUGGGCAUAAAACCUGAUCUAUUGCGCACUCUCCAGAAAAGCGGAUACACUGAGGCAUUCGCCGUUCAGUCUACUGUGAUUCCUCUCCUUUUGAAUGGCAAAAACAACCACCCAGGUGAUAUUUGCGUCUCUGCUGCUACCGGAUCCGGUAAAACCCUCUCUUACGUACUCCCUAUGGUCUCAUCCUUGGAACCGAGACCUGCAUCGAGACUGAGAGCAUUAAUUGUGGUUCCUACGCGAGAGUUGGUGAAGCAGGCACGUGAAGCUUGCGAGCUCUGCGCUAAGGGCUCUGGUCUUCAUAUUGGAGGUGCUGUCGGAAAUGUGGCCAUAAAAGAGGAACAAAAGCUCUUGAUGAGAAUGGAUCAGGUUUACAGCCCUUUGACCACAAAACGACAACAGAUCGGGUUGCAAGGAAAUGACUGGAUGGACUUCAGCCUAGAAGACUGUGUGCGACAAGCAACGGAGUCAAAUGGAUUCCUUCCUGGCUAUAUUCAGCAGCCCGAGAUCAACGUGGAUAUUCUCAUAUGCACCCCUGGAAGAUUGGUCGAUCACAUUCGCUACACCAAGGGUUUCACUCUCAAGCACCUAGAGUGGCUUGUGAUCGAUGAGGCCGAUCGUCUCCUGAAUGAAAGUUUCCAAGAAUGGGUUGAGGUGAUAACAGGUUCGUUGGAUGAACAAAAAGCUCCGGAAAGUUUUGGGCAAGGUGGCAAGCUUCUGUCCAGGCUUGGAAUGUCAAUCGAGUCUAUCCCUCCAAGAAAGGUAAUUCUUAGUGCGACCAUGACUCGUGAUAUCUCGAAACUGAACUCACUGCGUUUGGAAAAUCCCAAAAUGGUCAUUGUCGGGGGUGAAAAUGUCACGGACCCGGAGGAUCCUAUGGCCACUCACACUGACGAUCAUUUCACACUGCCGCCGACUUUAUAUGAGCAUAUGAUUCCCGUUGGGGAUGGCUUCAACAAGCCAUUGUUUUUGCUUCACCUGUUGGUAUCACUUAUCAAGAUCGAUACGACUGCCCAGGUUCCGCAAUCUGCAGCGGUCGCCGAUACUUCCGACUCAGACAGCACUAGUUCAGAUGAGUCUUCAGACUCUGAUUCGGACUCUGACUCGGACUCUGAGCUCGAUAUUAGUGACUCUUCUAAGGACGAAUCCAGCGACUCCGAAGACUCAGAUUCCGACUCUGUUAGCAAGCCACAAAGUGGUAAAACGGUUUUGAUUUUCACCAAAUCCUCCGAAUCUGCAUCUCGACUUUGCCGCCUUAUUACUCUUCUAAACCCAGCCCUCGCCUCUCGUAUGGGAAGAAUUAUCAAAUCUAACAAGUCUUCCUCAUCACGCAAGACCUUAGCGGCCUUCCGACAAGGUCGUAUCACCAUUAUUGUUGCCACGGAUCGUGCCUCCCGUGGUCUUGAUCUGCCUUCAUUGACUCACGUUGUGAACUACGACAUUCCCACUAGUGUGACGACUUACGUGCAUCGUGUUGGAAGAACUGCCCGUGCAAACCGUGAGGGUUCGGCCUGGACUCUAGUCGCCCAUCGCGAAGGAUUUUGGUUCUCCAGAGAAAUUACAGCCAGCUCGAGCGGUCGCCUCACACGUUUAUCUGCCAUUGACCGAGUUCAAGUUAAACCGGAGUUACUGAAGCCUCUCCAGCGCAAGUACGAAGAAGCAUUGUACCUGCUGGAGGAUGAAAUUAAGGGAGAUAUCCGCCCUUCAUCUCGGACGUCCAAGUAA